CUCAACUUGAGACUCUCGAGUGGAGUCUCCUUACGAGAACUUUUGAGAAGAGUUUGUUGCACGAAUUUGAGUCCAGCUGCUGCUCUAUCUCUCCCAGUGUAAACAUUGCUCACUUGCAAUUUCAGUUGCUGCAAAUUAAUUCUUAAUUCUUAAUUAUUUAAACUAACUGUGAAAUUAAUUAAUUAUUGUCCCCACAAAUAAUUCAACAUGUCAAACCAAUUCUGCCUCGUCUGUUUACAAAAUCUCGCCAAGGGGGGCGACGAUGAUAAGAAGGAGGAGGAAGACUCCACCAUCCGAAAAAUACCAAUUUUGACCCUGUUCCAGUCUUUAGGACGAGGUCGGAGUAAAUCUUCUUAUCAAGAUGAAUUUGCAGAGGAGGAGACGUGUAAAUUGUGCCCAAAUUGCUACCCUGUUCUAAGUGAAGUGGAAGAAAUUAGGAAUCAAAUCGUCCUCUUGGAGGAACAAGUUGUGAGGAAAAUUGGUCAAGUUCGUGACACAAUUUCAAUUUCUGCGUCUUUAAAACGUGGCGAUGAUGGGGACGAAAAAGUGAAGAGAAUAAGGAAAAUUAUACUCCAGGUCUUGGAUUCAUUACAAUCUGGGGAUGACGAGCAAGACUCCGCCUUUUCCAUUACUCCAAGUCUUCAGAAGAAGCAAAGGGGGAGACCUAAAUCUACUAAAAAUACGGCAUCACGUAAACAUGUUAAACGACCAAGAGAAAGCUCAUCACCCACAGUGGAAGCUUCAGAACUAGAGUCCCGAACCCCAAUUUACACCAAGAGAUCCUCCCCUCGUCUUAAAACCCGCAGAGAACAAAACAGUCUCCACUCCUCCGAAAAUGAAGAUGACAACCUCCUCUACCAACCCCCCUGGUGCUUCUCCUGCCGACGUACCUUCCUCACUGAAUCCAACCUAAAUCGCCACAACAUUCGCUACCACCUUGUUCCUUGCCCCGUACCGUCCUGCAACACCCAUUUUCGUACCAAGGAGGCCAGACACGCUCAUUUAAAAUUAGCCCAUGAAGACUUUCACCCUCACCAAUGCCAAAUCUGCGCCAUACAGUGUAAAAACCUACAUGGUCUCGCAAUCCACUUGGGCACCCGUCACCAAACUGACGAAAAAAAUUACCCUGCGACAAAUGCGACAUCAGUUAUUGGCUCGGCCAACAUCUCGAGGACCAUUUGGAGGAACAUGAAGUCGAAGCGAUUAAACCAAUCCUUUGCGACAGGUGCGAUUCCAGAUUUGAAAACCAACAGAAAUUUGAGGAACAUAUCAAAAAGAAGCGUUGAUACUUGCAGGAAACGUUUUGAAGACGGGACACCUUCGCUCCUACCCUAGCUAAAAGCCUGAAAAAUGUCCCCACUGCAAAGUCGCCUUUGCCGAUAAGAUAACACUUACUCGCCACAUUGCCAAAUCCCAACGCUCCCGCACGGUACAUCUGCCACACUUUCGGAAUGGGAUCUCCGCGUCGUCUUAAUACUAUAAUUAUGGUACGGGAAUUAAAAUUAGAGACAAUUUUGCCCUUUUCCAAAAUCCGUAAGUGGCCGACCUCGCAAUGCCUAAUAACAUUGAAAAUUCAAAUUUGAAUUACUUUUUCAUUUUACAACCGAUUUCAAAAAUCUC